CUUUACCAGGUCCUUGUCUGAUACAAGCAAACCAUUUUUCUUGUGUGCAGCUCUGAAAUACUGGAAAGCCGCUGGUCAACAUUUAAAAGAUAAACUCUUGGCAGGAUAUGAGUUCCUCGUACAAAUGCGGUUGAGGGAGCGACCUUAAGUGAGAGUCGAACUGAUUAAUUCGGAGAACCUCAACCGUUUAUACCAAACGUAAUUAAUCUUCAAAUUGGAGACGUGUUUCUCGAGUUCUUAAAAAUCAAGAAGAGGCGUUCGCCUGUUUUGGUUUAAGAUUUUUGCUCGGAGUCUGGAAAGCUUUGGACCACGACAAUAACUGAGAUUUAAAUUGAAGAGAAUCACAUUUCUUUAUGUGGAUGAGUUUUUUUUGACAGUUAAUGGGAACGGCUGUGUGUACAGAGAUACCAGUAGUACUUAGAAACCGUUGUAGUUUUUUGGAUGCGACACCAGCACAACCUGCUUCUACGCUACGCUGUUUACUGAUGAGCAGCCUCGCGUAACAUAAACAUUUAAGUUAAAAUUACUGAAAAGAUACGCGGCGUUGUUGUGAAGAAACUGUUACAAAUGUCAUGCUUGGGUAGCGAAAACAUAGGUUCAAAGCGAUGAGGAGUCGAAACUCUUACUUUCCCUGGGUAGUUGGAGGCUUAUUUAUGUGUCUUCCAAUACUACUCUAUCUGGCGUCGAGAACAAAAGUGAUUCAUCAAAACAAAGACAAAGAGGGAGAUGGAGAUCACCACGCUUUUGAUAUCAAAUACGUUGAAUUUUUCUCUGUAAGACCUUCACAGCUUGUUUACUUGGAUAAGAAAGGCUAUCGUUUAGCGCUGGACUCUUCAGAGGAAUCCAACUACAUUGAAGCAAAAAGCGGUGUAAUUGACAAAACCAGUGAAAACUUCGACGCGGACAGUAAUAAUUCAAGUGACAGCUCACAGACGAGAUCUGUGAGCAAUGACAGUCUUAUGAAUAUUUAUGACGAAACCGAUGCUAAAAGUGACGCUGAGCGAGACGAAAGUAUUGACUACAACAUGGGAUGGGAUGAGGUCCAGGAAGAACCCAAGAGGAUUCCCUGUGCCUUAAAGGGUCCAUUCGUGAACUUAGUGCUUUUAAGGACUCACCGAACUGGGAGUGGAACACUUGCCAAUAUUUUGUACAGAUAUGGCGACUUGAACGACCUGGAUUUUGCUCUUCCUAAACAGAAAAGCUACGAUUUCUAUUGGCCGCUACACUUUAAUCCAAGCUACGUGGACAAAAAGUACCUUAAUUCAACUGCUCCAAACUUACUCAUUAAUGCCAGAUACAGCCCAGAUACAAUAGCAUCCUUCAUGCCAAAGGACUCUUACUACAUCGCAGUUAUAAGGAAACCAACAGAUCAUUUUGAAUCUGUCUUCUACGGAUAUCAAAUUGAUGAUUUGCUCGGUAUGAACAACUACAGCGACCCAUUUGAUGCAUUUCUGACCAAACCCAAGCAGUAUCUGUUACAGUAUCUUCAUCAGGAGCCACGAUUUGAUAUCAACAUUAACAUGGUAAAAAAUGGACAAAUGUUCGACCUUGGCCUUCAGCACAAAUAUUACAAUGAUCCAGUGAUGAUAGAGAAGUACAUUGGUGACCUGGCCGAGAAAAUAGACUUAGUGCUUAUCAUGGAAUAUUUUGACGAAUCUCUUGUUUUACUCAAAAGAGAACUCUGUUGGGAUUUAGAUGAUGUUGUUUAUUUCAAACUGAAUCAAAGAUCACCUGAGUACAAAGAAACAAACAUAACAGAUCAGCAAAAGAUGCAAAUCAGUGAAUGGAAUAAUGCCGAUGCUGCGUUAUACGACUUUUUCAACAAAACUUUCUGGAAUAAAAUUUCUGCGCAAGACCAAACCUUUUAUCAAGAAGUUACAAAGCUACGUAACAAAGUGAAUAGUCUCGAGAAGGAAUGUAUUCACACACUGGAAACAAACCGUGAUACGGGAGAAAUGGAAAUCAAACUAAAUGAACACAGCAUUCCAAACAUGAACAAAUAUUUAUGUGAGAAAAUGACUCUGAAAGAGGAGAGUUAUAUUUCAUAUCUAAGGAAGAAAUAUAAUCUGAAGCUCAAAGAAGACAGCGAGCGUUUAAGAAACUGGUUUUAUGAAAAGUUGAAUAAGACAAGACUUGAAGAUUCACAAUUACUUGGCUUGUAAAUAAUGCUGUUACUUAGUAUCGCAAUAUCGCCUUAAAUAUUUCGUAAAUGUAUUGAAGAGUUUUUUUUGUGACGUGUAUGAAGAAAAGGAAAUAUUUUGAUAUUCGGAGAAACCAGCCCGACUACACUACGCAUGAUGGCUUUCUUUUACCUGGGAGCCUGUUUACUGAAUCCAACUCCCAUUACACUCUUCAGACUAAAUAUAUUGAAAGUAAUCUAACUAACGGUAGGCA